AUGGAUUCACACCGGGAUAAUAUAAAUACUGAUCAAGAAGAACAGAAAAACGUUUCUAGUAGAGUAGCUUCGAAUAAUAAUAAUAACAAUUAUAACGAGAAUCUCUUAGAUUAUUAUAUUCCAAGUGAUGCUGAUACAGAGAAAAUGAGUGAAGAAGCAGAUAAUGGGAAUCAACAUCCGAAAUUGGAGGAAUUAGUUGAAAACAAGAGAACUAAUAUUGAUAUGGAUGAUAAAGAAGAACCUGAAUCUAAGAGACCAAAAACUGAUUCACAAGUACCUCAGGAGUCACAAGCGUCCGAGACAACGGCAAUUCCCGACGAUGAAGGUGAUGUGGAGGAAGAUGUAGAAGAAGAGGCCGAAGAAGAAAGUAGUGAACACAAGACGGCGAAUGUUAAAGGUACAGGCGCAAGCGUAAGUGUAGAUGCAGAUGCAGACGUUGAUGUAGAAGAAGAAGAAGAAAUUGAAGAGAUGGGAGAAGAGGAAGAAGAGGAAGAUUCAAAAGAACGUGAGAUUUCUAAACGUUUUUCGUCAAUGCUAUCACCCAUUGAAAUGGAGGAACAACGACAAACUGCAUUACAGGAGAUUACGGAUAUAGAAUACAAAUUUGCCGAACUGCGUCAAAGGUUAUUCGAAAACAAAAUACUUAGAUUAAAGACAGAGCUACAAAUGUGUGUGGAGGGAUCACAUCCGAGAUUACAAACUUAUUACCAAAAAAUCGCAUCGAUAAGGGAUCACAAACUUAAAAGAGCCUAUCAAAGGCAAAAAUAUAACAUGCAAUGCAUCGAUACAGAGACAAGAGCAACAAGAACACACAUUCACCAGGAUUUCCUUAGAAAAGCUAGUGAUCUACGCAGCAAACUGUUAACAGAUACUACCCAAACUUGGUAUGAUAUCAAUAAGGAAAGAAGGGAGAUGGAUAUAGUUGUUCCCGAAGUGAAUUAUCACGUACCUGUGAAACUAGCAGGCAAGACAUUGAGUUGUAUUACUGGUUAUGCGGGUCCCGCACAACAGCGGUAUCCCGGUGAACCUCUACCGGAAGAUUUAGAAUGUGAAAAUAUUACAUUCAAAUAUCGUUCCAAUGCGGUGGAUAAGUUGGAGGUAAUCGUUGACCGUAUGAGACUCAACAACGAAUUAAGCGAUUUGGAAGGUUUGAAAAGAUAUUUCCAUGGGUUCCCCGGUGCACCGAAUCUAAGCGGCUUAAGAGAUUCCGAAAUAUAUGAUGAUUUACUACGUUUACAAAAUAGAUAA